AGUCACCGUGGAGGCCGCCUGAGGCCCGGGCGCUGAGGCGCGGGGGCCCGGAGAGCCGCGGGCGAGCGCGUCCCGUGAGGCGCCCGGAAGGGAAGGGAAGAAGCGUCCCCUCUCCCCGCGGGCCGUGGCGACUCCAGAAGGAUCUGCUGACCCAGCAGUGUGGCCAGCUUGUCACUUAGCGCCCUCCAAUCCGGGCUCAAGAGAAAAGAAAGCAAACCAAUCCAGGGAAAAGAAUUACCAGACAAAGAAUGUCAGGAGACACAGAAAGGAAGAAUGAAGUCAUUCCUACAAAAGCUGCAGUCAAAGACACAUCUGCAUUAACUGAUGCUGUAGAGCAAGUCGCCAAACAACAACAGUCACAAACAUCAGAAAUAGAAAAACAUAAAAAAAUUCUGUUCCAGUUGCAGUUCUCGAGGAGAGCCCAUAAUGGCUAUAAGGAGUGACACUGGAUUGAACUUCAUGAGCUUGAAAAACAAAUAGCGACUAUUGCUGAAGAAGCUAAAGAAACAGACAGGCAAAUGCAUCGGCAAGAUGCUGCAAUGGAGAACUCUAAACUUCAGUGUGGACGCUUAGAAGCUCAAAUUGAGUCCUUAUAUUCAGAAAGUUUAAAACUUAAAUUUGAUACAGAAACAGCCCAAGAAAAAUUUGAGGAGCAAAUGAUAAAAUAUAAUGCAUAUUAUGUAAAAAUAAAAGCUUAUAAAGAUAAUUUAGGAGAGAUAAAAAGCCAAUGUCCAUUUAUGACUGAACUCUAUGAAAAACGAGAUCUUAUCAAAAACCUAAAGACAAUGAAAGAAGAUCUUAUGGAAAACCUCCAAGAUUCACAAGGGAACUGCACAAUACAAAUACAGGAAGACAUUUCAGAGAUAAAGAAUAAAAUUAUGACAGUAAAAGAGUCAAUCACUGAGAAAACGUCUUUUGUGGAAGAAGAGAAAAAGACACAUGAAAAAUUAAGAAAAGAAAUAGAGGUACAACAUAAGAGAUAUGAUGCAAUUCUUAAGCGUUUGCAUUGUCAGAUGAACAAGAUUCAGUUAAAUAGGAGGAAGUGGCAAUGGAACAUCCAACAACUGGAAAAAACUGCAGCUGAGUUAAAAAAGCGGAUCAGAGAGAAGGAAGCCAGUGAAAUACAGAGCAGGCCUGCAGCACCGUGGGAGAGAAUACUGUGAAGUUCCUCUGGACUCUUAACAGCCCACACAUAGUAUCAGAGGCCUGUCUCAAUGACAGAUAUUGUCUUUUUCCUUUUCUUCCUCCGCUUCCUUCUUUUUCUGUUUUGAAUCAGGUAUCUGUUGGUUAAAGUGUCUUCCUGUCUAUAGUGCAUAGCACUAGGUAGACAAAAGCAGUGUUUACAGGAAACUAGCAGAACACUGUAUGUGCAUCUUUCAAAUGUGCUUUCCUGAAUGCUUGUUUAUAACUGUUGAAUUCACUAUCUUACAAAUUAAAAAUUUGGAAGAAACAAUUGGAUUUUCAAUGAUGUAAGUUGCUGAGAUAAAUAGUUGUCUGUUUAAGAAUUUUUUUACAACUGUCUUCAAAGUAGCCCUUAAAUAUUAAUAUUCAUGAUAAUGUCAUUAUCUGUUUUAUUGUUUCCUCCUUUCUCCAGAAGGUAGCAAUCAUUUUCCUUUGUUAUUAAAUAACAUAUAUUAGAGUGUUAUAGUACAUAAGAUUUGUGUUUACUCUUCAGUCUAUAAAUUCUUUAUUCCUAUAUUGUGACUAAAAUAAAGUUAUAGCAUCAUAUGAGGCAGGCAUAAAAUAAAGCUCUUCAAAGAGGUAUUUUUCCACAUUGAAAGGCAAUUUUUUUUGUCAAUGGCAAUAAAUUGAAUGUAAAAAC